AUGACAAGCACAAUCCCAAGGAAGCAUGUUUUCCUAUGGACAGCCUUAAGAUCCUGUUCAUCUGCGUUUGAGCGUUCGAUUUUGACUUUAUCCCGCACGCAGUUGAUGUCAGAACCGUUUUCUGCUUCGUUUUACUUUGGACCUCAGAGACAAAGCUGUCGCUAUGAUUCAAAAGAGGCUGAUCCCAAAGCGAGUUACGAAAACGUUGCCAGGGAAAUUGUGAAUCAAGCUAAUAACGAUAACAUUGAUUUACUUUUUGUCAAGGAUAUGGCUUAUUACAUGAAAGGAAGAUUGGGUUUUUUAAAGGAAUUUUUUCAAGACGCGAAACAUUCUUUUCUGAUUCGAAAUCCAAAGAAGACGAUUCCUUCCCAGUAUCGCGCUAGUGAAAAUCCAGAAAUCCAAGCUUCCGGUUGGAAUUACUUUGACCCUCCAGAAGCUGGAUUUAAGGAACUUUUCGAAAUGUAUUCGUUUGUCAAAGAUAACCUUGAUGCCAAUCCAGUUGUUGUAGAUGCCGAUGACCUACUCGAAUCACCAAAGGAGAUCAUGAAGGAGUAUUGUGAUCGAGUUGGUAUCAAAUAUGAACAGCAUAUGACUACAUGGAAACCUGGCGAAAUAAUCCAAGCCUGGCAAGAUGGUUGGGUUAUAGCAUGGCGAAGAGGGGCUUUAAACAGCAGCGGUUUCAUCAAAUCUGACUCUUCCUCAAGUAAACCAGAAAUAGAGUAUCCAUCUGAUGUUGUCAAAGCUAUGGAAGAUAGCCAGGCAUUCUAUGAUAAAAUGUUUUCUGUUCGACUUAGGUUAGCAUAA